AAUCAAAUCUAUUUAUACAUUUUAUAUUAAUUUAUAAACUUAUUUUUAGAUGGAUGGAUCAGAAUGGUCAUUUGAUAAUUUAAAUAGUAUAUGUUGGGCAAUAGGUUCAAUUUCUGGAUGUUUACCAGAAUAAGAUGAAAAACAAUUUUUAAUUCACUCAAUUAAAAAUUUACUAUCUCUUUGUGAAGUUAAAAAAGGUAAAGAAAAUAAAGCUGUUGUUGCAUCUAAUAUAAUGUAUGUUGUAGGAUAAUAUCCUAAAUUCUUGAGAUCAAAUUGGAAUUUCUUGAAAACAGUUAUUAAAAAACUAUUUGAAUUUAUGAAGGAAAGUUUUCCUGGAGUUUAAGAAAUGGCAUGCAAUACAUUUUUGACAAUUAGUUAAAAAUGUGGAAAGGAAUUUGUUAUUAGAUAAAUAAUGUAGUAUUUUUAUGUUAAUUUAAGUUAAUCUGAUUAAUUAGAGAGAGAACCAUAUAUUUGUGAAUUAAUUAGAAACAUUAAAGAAUAAGUUGCUAUAUUGUAAGAUUAAUACAAAUUAGUUUAUUAUGAAAGUAUAAGCCAUAUGAUCAAAUUUGAAGAAGACUUAAAUAUUAAAAUCUAAUUAGUUAAUAGUUUACUUAAACAUUUAAAUGAUUAAUUAAUAUUACAUACAUCUUCUAACAAUUAUGUAGAACUAUUUAAAGAUGAAAAAGUUUAACAAUUUUUUAUUUAAUAUUUCAGAAUUCUUUAAUAAAUAGUUUAACCAACUGGAUAUGCAUUCACAUAAUCAUUAAUUUAACUAUUACCUACAUAUAAUUAACUGUAUCUAUUUUAUAGUCAAAGUAUCUAAUAAUAAGCAAUGGCAUAAGGAAUUAUUGUUAUGGGUUGGUAUACAAUUAAAAAAUAGAGAGCUGUUAAAAAGGAAAUCUUAAAAUUAUAUUCUGUUUAUUUUUAAAAUUGUGAUUAAUAAUUACUGAAUCAAAAUUUUUAAUUAAAGAAUUCUUUAGUUAUUCCUAUAUGUAAUCUAUUAGAAGAAUACUAGCAAUCUAUUAAUGAAUAAAAGGAACCAGAAUUUCUAUUGACUUUUAAAGUAAUAAGGAAUUAUCUAUUUUUUAGUAUAUGCUUGAGAAAUUCCUUUCACCUAUUGAAGAUUUAGUACCAUUAAUAUUAAAAGGAUUGUUUGAUGCUACCAUUACAUUAAUAAGUCAAGAUUUUAAUUCAUAUCCUGAUCAUAGAAUCAACUUCUUUGAAUUUUUAAGAUCUUGUGUAUAAUUCCAUUUAUUAGCAUUGUUUAAUAUGCCAUAAGAUUAAUUUAAAUUAAUGAUCGAUUGUAUUAUCUGGGCAUUUAAACAUUAAGUACCUAAUCUACAAGAAUUAGGAUUAGAUGUUUUAUACUAUAUUUUACAAGUAUAUUUACAUAAAUAUUUAUAUAGUAAGUAAAUAGUGAUAUUGUUGUUGCCAAUUAAUUUUAUUCCCUCUACUAUUUAAGAUUAUUGAAAGACAUUUUAGAAAUUUUAACUGACAAUUUGCAUGCAAGUGGAUUCAAACAAUAAAGUUAAAUUUUAAUGACACUUUUUUAAAUUGCUUCUAAUUCUUAAAUAACCAUUAAAUUAUCUAAUGAAUAAAUUGGUUCAAAUUUCGAGUAUAUUUCUUAAUAUCUCGUAACAUCCUUAUAUGGUGCAUUCCCUAAUGUUACUAAACAAUAAACUGAAUUUCAUAUUUCUAGAAUGUUUUAAAACUUAAAUAAUGCUCACAAUUUUAGAGUAAAUAUAUUUAUUUAUUACUUAGUAAGAACUAAGUGAUUACUUAAUCAAUUUAAAGUAAUUUUAAGAAAAUCAUGAGCAUCUAAAAUAAUAAGAAUAAUAAGAAGAUGCUUCAAAAGCCAAAACAUAAUGAUAUGACAAUAAAUAUUAUAU